CUCGUUGAGGCCGGGUCGCACGGUCGCGAUUUGUCCGAUGGGUGUGAUAUACCGAAAUACCCGCGCAUUAAACGUUUGCCCGACGCGCGACUCACCGGUGCAGCUUCGCACUCCCGCCGGCUCCGCACGCCGGCCACCACGAGUCCUCCGGCCCUUGCGACCCCGAGCCUUGGAACCGCAACCCUCGCCCUUCGCUACCAACACAUAGGGAAUGGCUACUACGUCGAGGAGUAGAAGAAAGCAGGAGGAUGAGAAGAAAAGCAAGAAGAAGCAGUCGCCAGUGGACGAGCGGCCCACGGUGCCCGCCCCCAGUGAGGCAAUGCUCAACAACCUCCGAACAGCAUUCGGUCUGCUGGACCGCGACAGCGACGGUCACGUGACGCCAGCUGAGCUGCAGUUCAUGCUGCGGAACCUCGGCAUCGAGGUCAGCGACGACCUCAUAUCGGAACUCAUCAAGGAUGCCAGUAAAACUGGUAAUGGUCUAAUAGACGAGAAUGAUUUCAUGCAAUGGGUGACGAAGAUACAAGCGAUACAAGGCAUGGACGUCACCACGAGUGGGGGGGACUCCGAGGAGGAGAUUACUCGGGACUUACUUGCAGCGUUUAAAGUGUUCGACCGGGACGACAACGGGUACAUAACGCGGGACGAGCUCCGGUCCGCGCUAGAGAUGAUCGGCGAGCCGGUUACCGACGCGCAGCUCAACCAAGUGCUCGCGCUCGGCGACAUCGACCACGACGGCCGGAUCGAUUACGAAGAAUUUGUGAAAAUGUUGCUGUAACCUCACCGAGCAAGACCUCACUAGAAUUAAUGCUGUAUUUAAAGACAUUUUCACGCCGUCAAGUGCUCCUGAUGGCUGAUCCUCCGUGAAGAGAUGGUCAUUGUGGUCGAUCAGGCGGCGGUAUGUUUCUAGGGAACUCUUCCAUUUAAUUUUAGACUUUAUGUACAAGAUCGAUAUGGUCGAAGAUCUUGAUUUAUAUUUUUGAGAAACAAACGUUUGCUAAAUUAUUUAAGACACUAAAGUGUUCUUUUUUGACAUAAUGUUUUAAAUGAAAGUUUACCUUGGUAUUUUUUUAAAAGCAGUUUUUAAAUACAAAAACUACACCAAUAUUAUAUUAUAUCCAUACACUUGUACAAUGGAAGAGAUUAUUAAUUACUUAUUUAUUAUACUAUCUGUAUAAUUAUGUACAUAAAGUACCUACUUUCAAUAUUAAUAAAAUUAACGACGUAGUGUAACUAAUUUAGGGUAGUAUUUAAUCAUGCAUUAUUUAUUAAAUGGAAGUGUAUAUCUAUUUAUUUAUAUCUCCACUCUUUAAAUAAAUGUGUAUGAGAUUGUAUGUGUGGGGCUCAAACGUACUUGGUAAAUAGAAAUAUUUACUUUUGUAGGGUAAUUGCGCCGGUUUUCCGUCCAGCUCCUGUUUUCGUCCAUUUGACCGACUUCCCACAAACAAACACGGAAAAUUAGAAUACAAACCUAACUUUCCGUGCAAGUUUGGACUUGUUACAAUCUAUAAUAUCUAAGUAACAGUUCUGCCUGCAUGAAAAUGUAAUUUGACAAGUAAUAACUCCAAAAAAAUCUACGGAAGUUGCUGCUGCACACAGGUGAAUGGAAAACGUCGUCAAGUUAGAAAAAAAACGUGCUGGUAGGGAACUUUCAUGGUAUGUUUAAUUACUGUUUUAGCUACUUUACGUAAUGUUUUUGGCACGUAUGUCUAAUUAUUAGCAUAAUAAACACUAUUUUAAGGGUUUAUUAAAGUUUUUGUAUAGAAAUCUUAGAUAAUUAAGUGGACUAAUACUAGCAUAACAAUUUUGCAAGAUUUUGGUUUUCGUCCACGUGGACAGAAACCCUGAUACCUAGUUAAUAUUUUUAAUAAUCAUUUUACUUCAAUAGACCUACAAAAUACAAUGUUUUUUCUUCCAAUAUGAUCUUUAUUGCUAUUACAUUAAACAUUUUAGUUUACGUCCACUUUUUAACAGUAAUAAACCCAUAAAAACCGUUAAAAAGAUGUGGACGAAAACAAAAAACAGCUUUAAACGUUGUUGUGUUUUCGUCCAUGACGUCAUGAGCAAGCACUGGGGUGGACGAAAACCAAAAUUAGCUAUUCCUGUAGAUUAGUUUUCGUCCAUUUGUCCUUCGACCUAUUGCAAUAUUUUCCUAAAUUUAGGUAAGAAACUUAUUUAAAUUUUUUUGAUAUCAUUUGAAAGCUAACAAAAUUACCUUUCAAAUAAUAUACCACAAUCCAUAGUUACUGUAUUGUAGAAUUGGUUUUAAGUUAAUAAUUCAACUGCACCCUUUUUUCUACACAGUGGUCGAAAACUAGCGUACACUAGGACGAAAACUGAUUUUUUUGGACGAAAACUAGUGAAAUCGCCUCUUUUGCAUAAAAUAUUUUUUAUAAAAAAACCCGUCGUAUUUACUUAUUGUCAUAUAAUAUUAACGUAAAGUAGACUAUAUAAGGACUAAAAUGACAUAUGAUACAUAUGAGUAAGGGUAUUUUAAGAUAUUCAUUUCGCAUCACAAAGUUGGCAACUCCGAUAAUUGGACGAAAACUAGCGCACUUACCCUACUUACUACCCGUUCGCGCUAAGUUUGCCGGUCCGUGGAAUGCGCGUCCCCUUCUCCAACCGCGAUAAAACGCAAUUUGUUAGUGAUUAAACGCAAUUAAGUGUUUUAUUUUACGCAAAUACACAAUUUUUAUCAAUAUUAAUAAAUAAAAAAUAUUUUCAAAAUAGUUUGCUAAAGUUAUUGACGCAUUACUUCGAGUGACGUCAUAUCGCCAGCGGCAAACUUAUCGCGAACGGAUAGUACUGUAUUUAUUGCAAGGAGGGAACAAAUAAUAACGUUUAACGUCCGUAAUCAUUAAUAUCUAUUACGCUAAACAGAUGAGUGUACAAAAAUGACUUCCCCGAAUACAAUAAAACACGUAGGACCGAUUUUUCUGUCGCCUUAAUUUUUAUCGGAAGAGAGACCCUUUUUAGCAGAUUAUUUUCAUAUCUACUUAUCUGCUAAGCAUUCAAGUCCUUUUAACUGAAAAACAGAUUUUACCUAAUUCCUACUUUCUGACAUAAAUUACUUCAAAUUACAUAGGUACUUAUUAUUUGACGAUUGAAAAAUCGGUUCAUUAACUCUACCAGAAUUACCUAACUAUUAUUAAGUUGCCACUUUUUAUUUUAGAUACCUAACACUUCAUACCUAAUCAGGAUUAUUUUUUGUCAUUGGGAAUUUAUAACAUAUUUAUCUGAAAAGACAAAAGUUUUUGUACGUUGUUUACGGUUCAUCGUGGAUCUUCCAUAAAUAUAUUAAUAUUUAAGAUAAUAAUAUAGUCUAAUGACAGCGUGGCCGAUAUUAUAAAGUUUCUAAUGAUUUAUUUUAUAGAUCCUAGAUUUCCUGUAGAAUGUUCUUUUUAUAACAGGAGGAUUAUACUGUACAAUAAUUUAUCAUAAAAUAUUGUAAUUUUAUGGUUGUGAACUAUAAUUUACUACUUGUUUAUUUGUUACGCACUUGUGUUACAUUAGUUUCAAUGUUAACUAUUAUUUUAACACGAUCUUAAAAUAGAAAAAUAAAUAAAUGCCUACCUAUGUUUAUUGAAUAGUCAAUGAGCCUUUGGAAGGCAAGUGAUUUGGAAUGUACGUGAUCAAUAAAAUUGGAAAUUGUUAUGAAUUUUUAA